UCUCUCACCAUAUAAAAUCACCCUCCAAAAAUCAGCACAAUUAAUCAAGUGGCCAUCUUCCUUUUGUUUAUCCCUCUAAAUAUAUCUUGCUCACUUUCCCCUCUACGUUCACUCAUUCUCUGAUCUCCUCUAAACCUCUGUUUCUCUGUGCAGCAAUAGCUCUUCUUGCUUAAGCUUCAAGUACUCAAAUCCUAACUUCUCAGCUUAAACUCUAAUGGGUUUCAUCUAAGAAAGGUUCUUUGCUCUUUCUUCACUACCCUGGUUCUUAUACCUUGAUUCCAAAAAGCUUGAAGCUUUAGCUUUCUCUAACUUUUUUUUCCAUUCAAGAAAAGCAAGUUCCUUUCCUUUCCCUUUUAGGCCUUUUGUCAGACUCACUUGAUCAAUCAUUGUCUUCUAUGUGCUGGAUGAACUGAUAAUCGAUCAUAGUUCAAUUUUCCGGGGUUACAAUGCCGCCGUCAUACUUCCCUCUCCGGUGGGAAAGCACGGGAGACCAGUGGUGGUACGCGUCACCUAUUGAUUGGGCAGCAGCCAAUGGCCUUUACGACCUUGUCAGCGAGCUUCUUCACCUCGACACCAACCUCCUCAUCAAGCUGACAUCACUCCGCCGCAUCCGCCGCCUCGAAACCGUGUGGGACGACGAGGCUCACUUCAAUGACGUGGCGAAAUGCCGCUCUCAAGUUGCCAAGAGGCUUCUCAAUGAGUGCCAGACACAGAGUGGCCACAACUCUCUGAUCCGGGCCGGCUACGGCGGCUGGCUCCUCUACACAGCCGCCUCAGCCGGUGACGUGGCCUUUGUUAAGGAGUUGUUAGCAAGAGACCCUCUUUUGGUGUUUGGGGAAGGAGAGUAUGGGGUGACUGAUAUCUUCUAUGCUGCUGCUAGGAGUAAGAAUGCUGAGGUUUUCAGGCUGCUGCUAGAUUUUUCGGUGUCGCCGAGGUUUGGUGAGGAUAAUGGGGAGCUGGAGGAGAGGAUGGUGGAUAGUAGGUCGGAUUUUAAGUGGGAGAUGAUGAACCGGGCGGUUCAUGCGGCUGCGAGAGGUGGGAAUCUGGAGGUUUUGAAGGAGUUGGUGGUUGGGGAUUGUGGUGAUGUUUUGGUUUAUAGGGAUGCUCAGGGCUCUACUGUCUUGCAUACUGCCUCUGGUAGAGGGCAGAUUGAGGUGGUUAAAUAUCUAAUAGCAUCCUUUGAUAUCAGCACAUUUGUAGAUAGUCAAGGGAAUACAGCUUUACAUGUUGCCGCUUACAGGGGUCACUUAGCUGUGGUGGAAGUGCUAAUUGGUGCAUCUCCCUCAUUAGUCUCUUUAUCGAACUACUAUGGAGAUUCAUUUCUACACAUGGCAGUGGCUGGUUUCCGAGCUCCUGGUUUCCGGAGAGUGGACAAACAGAUUGAGCUCAUCAAGCAAUUAGUAUGUGGUGAUAUUGUGAACAUGCAGGACAUCGUUAAUGAUAGGAACAACAAUGGAAGAACAGCUCUUCACAUAGCUGUUAGUGAGAACAUACAGUCUAGUGUGGUGGAACUCCUCAUGACUGUUCCGUCAAUCGAUCUGAACAUUCGUGAUGGUGAUGGCAUGACCGCAUUGGAUAUUCUUAAGCAAAGGCCAAAGUCACCAUCUUCUGAACUUUUGAUCAAGCAGUUGAUUUCAGCUGGAGGAAUCUCCAAGUGUCAAGAUCAUAAAGCGAGAAAUGCCCUUGUUUCUCAUUUGAGAAUGCAUGGUAUUGGGAGCAGUCCUGGAACCUCUUUCCGAAUCCCUGAUGCAGAGAUAUUCUUAUACACGGGCAAUGAUAAUGCUUCCGAUGCCAGUGGUGAUCAGUCAUGUCUACAAUUCAGUAGGUGCUCGGGUGAAAUAAGUCAGGUUGAUUCACCCAACUCAGUGAGCAAUAAGAAGACUGGUUCUGUAAAUUAUGCUGCAAGGAGCCUUAAGUUUCUUCUUCAAUGGCCGAGGAGGAAAGUGAAAAAGGAAUCUAGCAGAGACAUGGGAGAUGCUGAUUCCUUGGGCUCGUAUAGUCCAUCUACAGAUUUGGAAGACAGUCCAAUCCCACUUCGGCAGAUGUAUUUGAAAUCUUCAUCCCUUCCCAACAGCAAAAGGAUACUUUCUGCCAGGACUUAUCUUCCAAGCCCCUACACUAAAAUGAGAUAUACUGCUGGUCUAACACAUGGUGUGAUUCAAGCAGUGCCUCAGUUUGCUUUUCCAGCUCAAUCGCAUGCAAUUCCUCUGUCACGAUCAUCCAUGUCUUCACCUUCCUUCGUGGAGAAGGAGAAGGGUGUUGACAAUGUAGGAUCAUCUCGCUCAAAUGGGAAAGUAUCAGUAGGGAAUUCCAGACAAAGUUCCUUCAAUAGGAAGUUAAUAAACCAAUAUUUGUGUGUUGGCGCACAAGGCGUGGAGGCUGAAGAAUCAGUUAGCUCUACAUGGCCAACUCGGAGCUACAAACAUUCCAGUUCUUUAGUUGCUUGAUCGGACUGUACACACGAGUCAGCGUUCUUGGUUAGACCUAUAGAUAGAGAAGAACUUUGGUGAGUUCUCUCAAAUAGUUCUUUUCUUUAUAUCUAUUGUUUCUUUGUUUUUCUCCCAAUAUGUUCUGUAAUACCGGUCUAGUAUAUGCAUAGUUGCUGUGAUCGAGCUUGUCCACGGCUAUUGUAUCGUUAUCAACAUGAUCAAUACAAGUUGUGUGUUAUCGAAGUAUAUAUAUAGUUGUUCAUCAUGUCUA